AUGUCCGUCAUAUUGAAAUUCAAGGCCGGAAAGGUGGAUUAUAACGAAGAGACCCACAAGUGCACCCCAAAACCACUUAAAGGUGAGGUGACGAUCAAGAAGGUCGAAGACGAUGAAUCAUUCUACGAUUUCUCCUGGGAGUCCCGUGAAAAGACUGCUGCUGGUGUGGCUCAUAAUCCAGAUGAGGACGAAUUGUUGAUUAUACCCGGAGACGUUACUUGGAAACAUGUCAAAUCGUGCACCACUGGCCGAGUGUUUUGCUUGAAUUUCACUAGUGGUGCCAAAUCUUUCUAUUGGAUGCAAGAUAAGAAUGAUAAUGAGGACGAUCCUAGUGAAUUGAGUGCUAAAGAUAAGGAGAUUGCCGCAAAGAUACAAAAGUUGAUUUCCGAUGACAGUGCGGCCGCCGAUGAUGAUGAUGAAGAUGAUAAUGAUGAAGUGAUGAAGACUUAG